GGUUCUUUCCUGGUUUGUUUCCCACCACGGCUUGUCUGAAGUUGAUUCAUGGCGCUUCCACCAGCAUCCUUUACUGUUGGUUCUCUCUACCUUGCUGGUUUCGCUCAAGCGCGUGCUCCACAUGCAGGCCUCAUCAUUCCAUCCAGAACCUCUUCAGGACGCCUCGUGCACAUCCGCAUAGACCGCGAGACCUCUCCAACAUGGGCAUACCAGUCCAGGGCUCAGAAGAUCGAGGGAGACAUGUUCUUCUCCACCCUGCUUAAGCUACGAGAUGUAUCGGCGGGAAGUAUCACUGUCGCCCAGCUCGAGGAGGCCGCUAUGUCAGUGCCUGCGCCCGACAACGAUGAAUUUGGAGAGUGCUUGCCGUGGGUGUUGCAGGUCGUGCAGACACUCCAUGAUAUGGACUUGAUCGUUUUGACUGAUAUCAAAGAUCUCGGGAAAGAGUUCGAGGAAUUUGCUACUGGAAAUAAGGCGUAUGCUACCAGAACUAAAUUCCCAAACGUGAAGGCCUCUCAGUUCUGUACCUGAGUUCUAAGUGUUGUAUAGGGACAAAAAUGCGCAUGCCAAGAGUAAUUGGGGCCCUAUAUACGUAGGAUCUUGCCGGACUCAGUGCUAUAUACCUUAUGUGUCUGCUUCAUUUGUUCAUUUCCUGUAUUCGCGUGAUCAAAUACUUCCAUUC